AUGGACAAAAAAUAUGUAAGAAUAAGAAAUGAAUGGUAAAAAGCCCUAUAAAAAAAAGCACAUAGAAGAGAAAGAAUAAAAGAAAUAAAAGCAACUAGACCAGAAAUAUAACCUGAAAAUUAAAAAUUAGUUAUUCAUUAACCUUUGAAAGGUAUUUAAUAUCCUGCAAAAGAUGAUGAGAUAUUCGCAGUAGUAGAAAUUUUAGGAUUUUAAUAUAAAGUUUUAUAAGAUGAUAUGUUAACAGUAGAUUGGUUAAAAGAAUAUGAUAUUAACUAAUAAAUUAUUUUUGAUAAAGUUCUUGCUAUAGGAACUACUGAUUAUACAGCUAUUGGUCGUCCUUAUAUUUCUACUGCAAAAGUAUAAUAUAUAUAUUUGUAUAUAUUGAAAAAAAACAUAUUUAAUGAAAAAAGGUCUAUGCAACUGUAGAAUAACAAACUUAGACAUAGAACUAUGAUGACUGUUUUAAGAGUUGAUAAAGUCGAACAUAUUUUAGAUGAAAGUAUCCUUUAAAAAGCAGUAGGUCUAUGA